GUAACUUUAAAAAGUGAAAUCUUGAUGCAACCACGAGAUGCAUUCAACUGUUGUGAAUAAAAGAACACACCUCAAGUGAUGAGUAAAAGGAUAGGCGCGAAACCUCAAAGUUUCAGCAUAUCGCAUAUUUAUAGUGAAUUACGGAAGUAUCUUAUAGUUUAAAAUAAGUGUAGUGAAUGAUAUCUGCAUGAAUUCGACGAUUACAGUUGAAGAUUUCGAGGAAACAGUCGAUCUAAGCUCGAGUUUAGAUGACAGCGAAAUCACUUGCCUCGAUGAUAGUCCGCUGGUUUAUAAAUCGGGAAACAUCGAUAGACGUUUCUCUUCUGAUCAUAUCGAUGCUAAUAACGAAGUCGUUGACAUGACCAAGACAGCUAUUGACGCGGAAGAUCCUUCGUCAUUGCAACCUGAUCUCACAUCGCAACCUAUUUUUAAGGUUAUGUUCCGUGAUGAGAGUGUCUCACGACAAUAUCGACAAAAAAUAAGAAAUUUCUUAUAUACUUUAGUGCAGUCAAAAUUUUCCUGCGAGGAAAAUGUGGAAACGUCAAAUUUGAUAUUAGAAAUUUGGGAUAACAAAAAUCCUCAAAAUAAAUUGUCCAUUAAUACUGAGAACGAUAUUAUGCCAUUAUGUGUUUCUCCUAAUGAUCAUAAUACAAAAAGUAGUGGUGUUACAAGUGAUUUAUUAUUCAUAAUCGAUACUCAACCUAAAUCAACAAGUGAUUUCGAUGUUCCCACAUAUGGAAAGAAAUAUGAGAAUACAUUCGAGGAAUCAGAUUCUGAGACGUCAAAAGAUCAAGCACCAAAAAUGAGUUGUUUUAAUUGUGAAGGUAAUCACAAUCUACGAGAUUGUCAAUUACCUAGAAAUCAAGCAAACAUUAAUAAAAAUCGCAAAGAUUUUAAUGUCAGAUAUACGAAGUCAGGAGUCCGUUAUCAUUUAAAUGAGGAGCAAAAAUUUAGUCAUAUGAUUCCUGGUCAGUUGAGUCAAAAGCUACGUGCAGCAUUAGGACUAAAAGACAACGAACUACCUAAGCAUAUUUACAGAAUGAGAUUACUUGGCUACCCUCCAGGAUGGUUAGAAGAAGUAUGUUUACAACCUUCUGGAUUAUCACUAUUUAAUUCUGAUGGAGAGGCAGAAACCGAUACAAAAAACGGAUCACGAGAAAUUACAAUGAAUAUAGAUAGAGAUCAAUAUGAUGUAAAAAAAAUAUAUGAUUUCCCUGGUUUUAAUGUACCGCCUCCUUCUGGAACUAUCGACGAUAGUCAUAAAUUUUAUGCACCACAAAUGCAUUAUACACAUAGUAAAGAAACAAUGUUAUUACAUCUGCAAGGUAAAGAAACAGAUGAUGGUUAUAAACGUAAAAAGUUGAAACUAUCAACACCAGAAAAUGUUUCGGAAAGAAUACCUUGUGAAAUGGACAUAGAAGAUAUUGAAGAAGCUACUAUCGAAAAUGUCUCUUUUAAUGAAGAAGAUUUCAUACCACCAUUACCAAAGCAAUUGUUGUUACCUCCGCCGCCACCGCCGCCAUCAUCACCGCCACUUCCACUACCUCCGCCACCACCACCACCACCACUACCAUCACAAAUAGAUGUUGUAACAGAAGAUUCGGAUUUACGAUCUCAAGAGUUGUUUUCUUAUGAUUCAGCGGAUGACACUACUUUAUCCAGAGCAAAUUCACCAUCUCUAUCCGAAUUAGAAAGCAUGAAAAAACAAUUACUUGUUGAACUUGAAGAAACCAGUUCGCAGUCUAAUCCAGAUGCAUCAUUUAAAAAUAAUUUGAAUACUACGAUUACAUCAGAAGACAAUAUUCAGCUCAAUCGCUCUCCCAUUCUACGAAAAUCUUUAAAUCUGAAUCAAAGUUCGACCAAGUCGGUAGAUUUAGGUACACCAAUAUUACAAAGUACCUCUCCAUACAACAAAUUACCGUCAUCAGAAAAGUUUUCUAAAAACAUUUGCGACGUUCUAAACUUUGAAAAUUUGCCCGAUUCAACAGGUAAGUAUGAACAAAUGACAGAAGUGUUACAUAAAGUCAGAGGUACUAUGACAAAAAUUCAUCGGAUAUAGAUUGAUAAUUUACGAAAAAAAAAACACUGAAUGAUACAAAUGCGCAUGUACAUGUGAAUGGGCACUAGAAUAUACAAUAUUUGAUAAAGCUCCUAAAUAAAUAUUGAUAUUUUUAUGUAAAUAGAUUUUUGACCACUUGUACGACUUAAAACAGAUGUUUUUAUGUAAACAUGUAUACAGUUAUAAUUAAGUUAAUAUAAAAAGACAUUUCUAUAUCUACAUUUCUCGUUUUUAUGUUAAGUCGUAUAUAACUCACUAUACUUCCAGCAUUAGAAUAUGCAACAGAAAAAUAUACCCAAAACUAGCACAUUUGUCAUUUUGACGUUGAAAAUUGGUGAUUAUUGAUCCAACAGAUAGAUCCAAUAUAUAGAUUUCACAUCUUUUGAUCAAAUAAUAUCUAAUUUAAAAUGUCUUUUGUGAUGUCUUAAGGAAUUUGUACAUUAUAUCGUGAUUUUUAUUAUAAUGUAAUAUUGUAGUCCUAUACUAUACACAUUAUUCGAUGAGCGUCCUUAAGAUAUAAGAACGUUCUCUGGAUAUCUUUAGGACAUCCAUUGGAAGUCUGUGCUGUAUAAAGUAAUAUUAUUGAGAUAUUAAAAUAUGAUAUAUUGCAAUA